AGUCCUUUCUGUGUUUAUUCCCAUCUCUCCCAAAUAUUUGGAAACUGAUGUCUUGACUCAUGGGUGUAUUCACAAAUUCUGUUACUUUAAGUCUUUUUCUUUUGACGGAUUGAUCUUUUGCUAGAUAUAGACAAAAUAUCAGUGUGAAUUACAGCAAACCCCUAUUCCAUGCUGUUAUGGGUGAAACUCUGGGAGAUUCUCCUAUUGACCCAGAAAGCGAUUCCUUCACUGAUACACUGUCUGCAAACAUAUCACAAGAAAUGACCAUGGUUGACACAGAGAUGCCAUUCUGGCCCACCAACUUUGGGAUCAGCUCCGUGGAUCUCUCUGUAAUGGAUGACCACUCCCACUCCUUUGACAUCAAGCCCUUCACUACUGUUGACUUCUCCAGCAUUUCUACUCCACAUUAUGAAGACAUUCCAUUCACAAGAACAGAUCCAAUGGUUGCGGAUUAUAAGUAUGACCUGAAACUUCAAGAGUACCAAAGUGCAAUCAAAGUAGAGCCUGCAUCUCCACCUUAUUAUUCUGAGAAGACUCAGCUCUACAAUAAGCCUCAUGAAGAGCCCUCCAACUCCCUCAUGGCAAUCGAAUGUCGUGUCUGUGGAGACAAAGCUUCUGGAUUUCACUAUGGAGUUCAUGCUUGUGAAGGAUGCAAGGGUUUCUUCCGGAGAACAAUCAGAUUGAAGCUUAUCUAUGACAGGUGUGAUCUUAACUGUCGGAUCCACAAAAAAAGUAGAAAUAAAUGUCAGUACUGUCGGUUUCAGAAAUGCCUUGCAGUGGGGAUGUCUCAUAAUGCCAUCAGGUUUGGGCGGAUGCCACAGGCCGAGAAGGAGAAGCUGUUGGCGGAGAUCUCCAGUGAUAUCGACCAGCUGAACCCAGAGUCCGCUGACCUCCGGGCCCUGGCAAAACAUUUGUAUGACUCAUACAUAAAGUCCUUCCCGCUGACCAAAGCAAAGGCGAGGGCGAUCUUGACAGGAAAGACAACAGACAAAUCACCAUUCGUUAUCUAUGACAUGAAUUCCUUAAUGAUGGGAGAAGAUAAAAUCAAGUUCAAACACAUCACCCCCCUGCAGGAGCAGAGCAAAGAGGUGGCCAUCCGCAUCUUUCAGGGCUGCCAGUUUCGCUCCGUGGAGGCUGUGCAGGAGAUCACAGAGUAUGCCAAAAGCAUUCCUGGUUUUGUAAAUCUUGACUUGAACGACCAAGUAACUCUCCUCAAAUAUGGAGUUCAUGAGAUCAUUUACACAAUGCUGGCCUCCUUGAUGAAUAAAGAUGGGGUUCUCAUAUCCGAGGGCCAAGGCUUCAUGACAAGGGAGUUUCUAAAGAGCCUGCGAAAGCCUUUUGGUGACUUUAUGGAGCCCAAGUUUGAGUUUGCUGUGAAGUUCAAUGCACUGGAAUUAGAUGACAGCGACUUGGCAAUAUUUAUUGCUGUCAUUAUUCUCAGUGGAGACCGCCCAGGUUUGCUGAAUGUGAAGCCCAUUGAAGACAUUCAAGACAACCUGCUACAAGCCCUGGAGCUCCAGCUGAAGCUGAACCACCCUGAGUCCUCGCAGCUGUUUGCUAAGCUGCUCCAGAAAAUGACAGACCUCAGACAGAUUGUCACGGAACACGUGCAGCUACUGCAGGUGAUCAAGAAGACGGAGACGGACAUGAGUCUUCACCCGCUCCUGCAGGAGAUCUACAAGGACUUGUACUAGCAGAGAGUCCUGAGCCACUGCCAACAUUUCCCUUCUUCCAGUUGCACUAUUCUGAGGGAAAAUCUGACACCUAAGAAAUUUACUGUGAAAAAGCAUUUUAAAAAGAAAAGGUUUUAGAAUAUGAUCUAUUUUAUGCAUAUUGUUUAUAAAGACACAUUUACAAUUUACUUUUAAUAUUAAAAAUUACCAUAUUAUGAAAUUGCUGAUAGUA